UGUCAAUCUAUAAAGAUAGAUUCAUUCAUAAAAACUACUAUUCCAACCAUAAAUGAACAAAGGAAAGGAGCACCAUAGUUGUGUUCUAUGUGGCUCAAAAUUGGAAUCUAAAGAGGCACUGCAGGAACAUUUCAGGAAACAUGCAAAUAAGGAAAUCGACACUCGUGGUCGUCCAGCAAAACAAAAGCCAAAUGCUGAAACUAGGUGCGAUAUUUGUGGGGAGUCGUUUGAUUCAAUACCUGCCACCAUAAGGCAUAAGUUUAAAGUGCAUCCAAACUCACCAACAAAGUUUUACUGUCAUCACUGCGGCAUGCAGUUUCCAUUGAAGACACAUAGGGAUAAUCAUCAAGUGACACACGAUCCUGAAGAGAGUGUGAAUGACAAACGGCACAAGAAAUGCGAAGAAUGUAAUGUCUUGUUUUACAAUGAAAAAGCUCUUGAUUAUCAUUACCGAUCCAUACAUAAGAGGCUCGUACACCUAUUUCAACCGAUUGCUACUCCACCACCAAGCAAUAAAAUCAAAGUUAAUUCAAUGAACGAUGCUCUUAGUGUCUAUUACUGUCACUUGUGUGGCGCAGAAUAUGUGAUCAAAUUUAAUCUCCAGCGGCACCUUGAACAGGCACACACGCAGGAAGAGAGGGAAUCUGUACCAGAAGACCUAAUAAAGUGUACCAUGUGCGCAGCCCUAUUUUGCAGCAAAAAAGCGUAUGAGGUUCACAACAGCUACCACCAGCCCGAUGAUCUCUAUGUUACUUCCGAAGAACAAAGAUUACAAACCAUAACUAAAGUAGAUCAAGACUUUGACAUCAGAAGGGUAGAGCCAGUUGCUGAAAAAUAUGUCCCUAAAAAUACACCUUCCAAGAAACUUGCCAAAUACUGGCCAAAGAAGAAGAAGCUGCCAAGGGUAAAGUCAAAAGGAGAUCGUAACUUUCAGUUGUCAGAAGAAGAUGAAAGUUCAGAAGAUUGCGGUGACUUAGAGGACAGGACCAGGGACGAAGAUUGGAGUGAGUCAAGCGAUACUAGCGACUCAGAAAGUGAUCUACCUCUGGAUCAGAGAAUAAAAUCCAGCUAACGGAGCUCUGAACCCUUCGACUUGGCUUUGCCAUCAUUUACUUCAUUAUUAAUACCAAAUUAUAUAUUAAGAAUAAUUAUAUGUAUCAAUAUAUCGAAUAGUAAUCAUUAA